UUCAGAGUUUGAUACCUGAGAAAAGAUUCAAUGCCCAGUGCCCAAUUAAAAGCUUCUUUGAAAUGUGUUUAUUGCAGUCAAAACGUAUAUAUUGUUUUUCUUUAAAAAACACAUUUAAAGUCCAACUAUUGUAGUGCAGAGGGAUACAUGUUAGUUUUAAAUAAGGUCACAUUACAUGGACGUUAUUGGAAAAGAAUACCCAUUACUUUAAACUAUUUAUAUAAAAUAAAAGCACUGAAACCCUUUGAAACACUGGUGGCAUAUAUUAAUACAAAUUAAUUUUAAAAAACUCAACGAAUAAUAAUUACUACCAUUAUUAAUAAUGUUAUUAAGGACGGAUGGGUUUUUUUUCUCCCCGCCCUCGUCUGUAUUAUUCCCGGAAGCGGAAGUCCACCUUCAAGGAGAGCGACAGCAGCAGCCCAUAAUAUAUCCAUGCAGCAGCCUCGGUCCGGUGACACUUUGCCGUCGCCAGACAGCUAUCUAUAGCACGGGUCGGGCCCGGUUCGGUUGGACUGGUUCGCUACCUUCCGCUCUCGUGAAGUAACAAUAUUAUGGCGGCCGCGGAUCCCCGGUCCUCGAGUGACGGCGGGCCGGCCAGCAGAGCAGGAUUCUCGGCCGGGGAGAGCAGCAACGGCCGCGACGGGCUGGGCGGCGACGGCGGCAGCGGGGAGGGCGACCGGGAGCCGGACCGGGCCACCUUCGAGUGCAACAUUUGUUUGGACGCUGCCAGGGACGCUGUCAUCAGUAUGUGCGGCCACUUGUUCUGCUGGCCCUGUCUUCAUCAAUGGUUGGAGACGCGACCCAGCAGGCAGCAGUGUCCAGUGUGUAAAGCGGGCAUCAGCAGAGAGAAAGUCAUCCCGCUGUACGGCAGAGGGAGCAACAGCCAAGAGGACCCCAGGUUGAAAACUCCACCACGGCCUCCGGGACAGAGAACGGAGCCAGAGGGUCGAGGCGGGAUGUUUCAGGGUUUCGGGGACACGGGCUUUCACAUGUCUUUCGGCAUCGGCGCGUUCCCCUUCGGCUUCUUCACCACAGUCUUCAACGCCAACGACCCCUUUCAAAGAGCAGACCAGUAUGCAGGGGAUCCCCAAGGCAACAGUAACCUCAACAACGGCAAUAACAACUGGCAAGACUCCCUCUUCCUGUUCGUGGCCAUCUUCUUCUUCUUCUGGCUCCUGAGCGUGUGACGGAGGCCUGAGGCGACGGGCGGACGAGUGGGUCGAGGAGCGCAACAAAUAAUAAUUUAAACAACCCUCUCGCACACUAAACUCAAAUCACAGACACGCACACAUUUUACAUUUCCUAGCAGGUACUAAUUGGGAGAGAGUGUAGCAUUGUUUGAUCCCAAAACAAGAAAUACAGUAUAUAUACAUUAUGUAUACUAAUAUGUGGAUUUCUCCUCCUGGCUAAGGCGGAUUGUCUUUUGGAUUCUAAGCCCCGCCCCCACCUGCUUCGUUGAUUUUGUUUAUGCAACAAACACUGGAACGUUGUGCGAGAAUCCCCAAAUAAGUCUGGUUGGCACCUGUAGAUGAGUAACUGUUGGGGUUCAGAGACAGUAUUAGGAGAGAGGGGGUGACCUAUGUUGUUUUUUUAAAGAGGUGGGUGGAGGAUAAAUCAGGGCUCUUUUGUUUUUUCACAUUCCUCUUAAGGGUUUAUUCCUUCGAUGAGAGAGAGAGCGGGGAGGCACAUUGUGGAAUGUUUAAGUGGGGAUUUAAAACAUGAUGAAGGGGGGGAGGGGUACGAGACCGUGGUUGUUGCAUUAGCAACUUUACCUUUUUACCCUCGGAGGCCAAAGAGUCGUGGAUCAGUCAUGUGCGAGAUCGGCGGGGAGGGGAAACAUUUUAUCAAAUAAUGUUCCCGUUUACAGUUUCAACCUGACUUGAACGCGCAGUCCCAGAAUAUGCGACAUAGCACAGGACGCAUUAAAAAUAAUAUAUAUAUUAUACAUGCAUACAUACACACGUCUUAACAAAACCUGCCAUUGCACUGUGAAGUCAUUUGUAGAUGGAGCUGUCCGAAAGAUCAAAGCGUGCUGGUGUGUGACCGCUCGCCGUGUCCUUCCUCACAAAGCUGUGCAAACGCGGAUGGGUGAACCCAUAAAGGGACUCCAGGGAGAUUUGAGAGUUUAAAGCAGUCCGACGCUCAGUUUAGUGGUUUUCAGAUCAAACUGUCAGGAGAAGUUCUCUCUCAUAAAGUAGCUCCAUCCUACACGACUCGCCGCGUGAGGAGAAUCCUUUCAAUGAGUCAUGGAGGGGAUAAAGGUCAGCGCAGCGACAAGUCACAGGAAUGAACUUUGUCACAGUUGAUUUGUGUUUUGUUAUCCCCCCCUGACUGUAUGUGCCACAGUGUGUCCGAGUGAGUGUGUAAACAUUAUAUAUUUGUAUAUAUGAAUAUUGUAAAAGCUGUUUUUACAUGUUUUCUGAGUGGAUGACUAGCCGCAGAGGGCUAAAAGGAUUAAAAAAUAGGCCUCAAGAUGCUUUUGUAAAGCGAGACCUCAUCUUCUUCCUGGGUUUUCACUAAUUCCUUCCUUUGACUCCAAAAGGCGUGAAUAAAUAACCCCGAAUUAAGCCCUAAUAAAUAACUUCUGCCGACCUCUCCCAGUACGUUAAACGAAUGUUAUGAGCGCAAACGUCGGGCCUUCCCUGCUCAUGUCAUUUAAUACGAGGAUAGCGGCGGUGCGGUGUCCUUUUCACUGUACGGACUCCUUCACGUUUAAUAUUAAACGACUAAACUAGCGAGAAGCGAUUCUCUCACUGCUUUCUAACGCGACGCCUCCAGAGAGAGAAAAGGCUGCAUACGACUUUUUCAACCAGACGGUCGUACUCCCCGACACCGGUAAACUCGCUUCAGCUGAACUAGAAGUGACGACUCACGCCGGGGUCGGGCCUCUGGGACGGAGCGUUUCAUUUCUUGCAUACUUUUCCGUUCAAGCUACUCUUUGUAUUAUGAAGCUUAUGCGACACGAGGAACAAGUGACGGAGUCAAGCUGGAGUCGUUUUGCAAAACCAAAUGUAGAUUAAAACUUCAUGAAAACAU